AUGAAGUACAUCACCUCCGCCCUCGCUUUCACUACCGCCGUUGCGGCUCACGGCUAUGUCAACAACGCUACUAUUGGUGGCAAGGAAUACGUCUUCUACCAGCCUUACCAGGACCCUUAUAUGACCGACGUGAAGCGUAUCUCGCGUCCUAUCCAAGGCAACGGACCGGUUGAGGACGUAACCAUUUCCGAUGUCCAAUGCGGCGGUUACGCCGCUGGCGGUAUCAACGGCUCCAAGCCCGCUGCUCUGCAUGCUGAGGCUGCUGCUGGCUCCGAUGUUGAGCUCUUCUGGACGCUCUGGCCUGAGAGCCACAUGGGUCCUACCAUCACUUACAUGGCCAAGUGCCCCGACACUGGUUGCAACAACUGGAUGCCCGAGUCUGCUGCUGUCUGGUUCAAGGUCCAGGAAGACGGCCGUCAAGGCACUUCAGACGUGUGGGGCUCCGACGCUCUUCAGGUUCCUGGCGGUUCCGUCACCUACACUAUCCCCAAGUGCAUCGCCCCGGGAUACUACCUCGUCCGUCACGAGAUUGUUGCGCUGCACGCCGCAUACCAGUACCCUGGUGCCCAGUUCUACCCUGGCUGCCAUCAGCUCAAGGUCACUGGCGGUGGAAGCACCAAGCCCAGCGGUCUCGUGUCCUUCCCCGGCGCCUACAAGGGCUCAGACGCUGGCAUCACUUACGACGCAUACAAGGCCUCGACCUACACUAUCCCCGGUCCUAAGAAAUUCACCUGCUAG